AAGUUUCCCAAACAUGUUCAAAUGACCGUUUGAUUUAUCAAUUUACGAAAUUCACUGGAUUAUAUUAUUAUAUUUUCAUGGCUAAUUGUUACCCCGAUUUUUUUGCUGUCAAAAAAUUUUGACUAAUGUGCAACCUUAUGUCUUUUUAGAAUGAGAUUUGAUUUAUCAUUUUGAGCUCUUUGUAAAAUUUAUAGAAUUUUUUGUUAACUUUUUUACGUGAUUUUACAAUUUUGGUGUUAUGGAGUUUUCCCAAAAAGUGAAAAAUAUCGAUUGCUGGGCACCAGUAACUGCUUUAAAUGUCCAUAAGGACUAUCUUUUCGCAGGAUCUGGAAAUAAGCUCGAAGUUUGGUCGUUGAAAGAAUGGCCCGAUAAUAGGAAACCCAUUUUAGUUAAAUGGUUGAAUUGUUCGUCAUCCAUUCACGGAAUAAAAACUUCAUCUACCGAUGAUGGGCUGAUUGUGACAGUUAAUGGCAAUCGUUUCCUUUCAGUUUUCAACUUAACUAACUCUCAUACGCCAAAUUGUUUAAAAUUAGAUUUAAUCCAAGAAGCAAUUUAUUUUAAAGAUUGGAUCAUGACUGUUAGAUUGAAACACGACAAAGUUUUUGCAAUAUUAUCAUCUAACUCAAUCACCAUUUUUGACCUGAGAAGCAAGCAAAUCACAAGAAAAGUUUCCUCUUCUGUUCAAUGUAUCCUCUAUUCAGCUUUAAUAAUUUCAAUCGACUCCACUGAAAAUGCUUUGAUUGCCUCUGGGACAGUUUUCAAACAAACCUUGAUUUGGUGCUUGAUUGGUGAAUCAACCAAACUUAUUGAUACUUUAGAGGGUCACGAUGGUGCUAUUUUUGCCCUAGAAUACGAUUAUAACUCUAAAAAGCUGUUUACUGCUUCGGAUGAUCGCAGUAUACACAUUUGGCAACACAAUUGUGCUUUGCUAGAUUCAUCAGAUUCCUGGUCUUCUGGACAAUUCACUUUGUGUCAUCGUUUAUUUUCCCAUACUGCAAGAAUCUGGUCGUUAAUAACUCUAAGUGGUUAUUUGUUUAGCUGCGGUGAAAAUGAUGAAAUAUGUUUGUGGUCAUCAGACUCGGGUAAAUUAUUAUUCAAAUCAAAUCGUGAAGAUGCAUCUCUUUGGUGUCUUGCAGCGUCUCAAGAACGACAAGUAAUUUAUAUUGGAUCCAGCGAUUCAAGUAUCCGUGUCGUGUCAUUAAAAGAUAAACUUACCAAACCUAAUCGUUACCUGUUCAAAUUCAAUUCAACCUACCCAAAAUCAAUCAACUACAUCAAAUCAGAUUCAUCUCAAAUUUCAUUGGUGUGUGUCUCCAACGAUGGAUUUUGCUCAAAAUUAAUUCACAUUGAUAAUCAAAUUACCCAAGGCUCUAAAGUUUAUCUUGGCAAAGAUUUCGAAUCCUAUUGUAUCACAAGCAUCGAUGAUGGUAACUUUAUUUAUUGCGCCAGCAAAACAGGUCAUGUUAAAGUGCUUGAAGGUUCAUCUAUGCAGGAACAAUAUUCAUUUCAAGCUCAUAAUGGAAAAAUCUUCACAUGUCUUAUUGUUGAUGAAAAUAUGCUAUUAACAUCAGGACCCAAAGGUGAAAUAAAAUUAUGGAUAAAUGACCAACUAAUAGACUGUUAUCAAAUACCCCCAUCUAGACAUCGUUGGAUUUCGUGUGCUCUUUAUGUUGACAAUUGUCUGAUUGCUGGAGACGCUAAUGGACAUUUAUCAGUAUUUAAUGGAGAGAAAACUGAAGCACGGCAAUGUUUAGCAAAUGUUCACAGUUCUAAUGGUGUUAAUGAUAUUAAAUUUCGUCCAUCAUCUGAUCUACUCUAUUCAUGUGGAAGAGAAGGGAAAGUCUAUGAAUAUCUAUGGAAUGGCUCAUCCCUGACUAAACUUCGACUUUUCCCGUUAAGAACUGACUUUGACUGGAUCGAGCGAAUAUUAUUCGAUAAUUAUGGAAAUCUAUUUUUAAUAGGAUUCUCAUCAACAAACCUCAUUGUUUGGCAGCAAAGUGAUCAAUCAAUUCUUUGCACAAUUGACUGUGGAGGUGGACAUCGCUUAUGGAAUUUCAACAAAAUUGAUAAUCGGUUCAAUUUUUGUUUCACCAAACAAUCGGAAUUACAUUUCGUUUCUCAUUCCGUUUCUGCUUAUCAAACUUGUGGACCAUUUAUUAAACAGGAAUUUCAUUCUAACAGGAUCAAUUGUUGUUGCUUGAUUGAUUACGUCGAACCUGUUGGUUUAAUUGUCACUGGAGGUGAAGACAACAACAUAUUAAUAAGUGAAUUCAAUACAAUUACUGGCACUUUGCAAGUCAAAGAUUGUUGUAAAGGACACAUUUCUGCCGUUCGAGCUGUUUCGUCCAUACAAAACAAAGAUGGCAGUUUAUUAAUAGUAUCUGGUGGUGGUCAAUCACAAUUAAUUGUUUGGUUAUUAAGGAAAAGGCUGGAUCGACUGAUAAUCUCUCAAGUAGCCAACAAUUUUCUCGAUCCCAAUGGAAACACAGGGAAACGUAAAUCCUGGAAAGAUCUUGAAAUAACCAAUGAUCCAAAAUCUCGAUAUUUAUCAAUCAACAUCGAUAAAUGGAAAGCAAAUGAAGACAUUUACAUGAUAACUGUUGCGUGUUCAGAUUCAAAUUUAAAACUCUUUUCAUUAGCUGCCAAUGAAAUUAAUUUUAUUGGUGAAGUUGCAGUUUCCAAUUACUGUCCAUUAGUAGUUAAUCGUAUUAAUGAAACAUUUAUAACCGGAUCAACGGAUGGUUAUCUUCACCUAUGGAAUAUUAAUAACCAAUUAAUGAUUCAAGAUUCAUCUCUUGAAUCCCAAAUGAAAGGUUUAAACAUUUCCCCGAAUCCAACCUUUAUCAAGAUAUAUGAGCAAUUAGCUCAUCAAUCGGGAAUUAAUUGCAUAAGUUCAAGACAAAUCCAUGAUAAUGUUUGGUUAAUUUUAUCCACCGGAGAUGAUACAAUAUUAACUGCAACCCUAAUCAAAUUGGAUGGUAACCUUGUUAAUCUAAUAACUCAAAAGAAAUUAAAUUAUAUCCAUAGCUCACAAAUUUCAGUUGUGUCAAUUAUCAAUGAUGUAUCACUUAUCACAUGCUCAAUUGACCAGCGACUUAAACUGUGGAACUAUUCAAUUGAUGCUGAUUGUAAAGAUAUAACAAUCAAUCCUGUUUCAUCUCAUCUAAUCUCUGUGGCUGACAUUUCAUCGGCAGCAAUCCUCACAUUCAAAUCCAAUCACUUUGUUAUAAUCACCGGAGAAGGAAUUCAAAUUCUCAAAAUAUCUGAAUAACUAAACGAAGGCUCAUGGGAAUGAAGGAUAUAAAAUGGUUAAUUCUCGAGAAAACAAAAAGAGAGAAAACUAAGUUCAUGAGAAACAUUAUUUCAACCAGUGUAAGCUAUUUCAUAUGCUUUACCAAUAUUAGCAUAUAACAUAGCUUUUAUUCAGCGACUAUUGCAUACAUAUUUUUAAUAACAUUUCCUUGAUUACUUUAACAACUUGUAUUUCAAUGAUUAACCUACAACAGAUUUACAUUUUUGUAUUUGUUUGAAAUAUUUGUGAAAAUGAAAGAUAUUUUUUUGUUGA